UGCUGGACAUGAUCUCACCCACGUGUUGACUUUCUUGGAACACAGAUCAUUGGCUGAUCCCAACCAGGGGAGGGAUUCUGUGGUCCUUAAAAGUUGCUCCUCUCUUCACUUGCCUACAAAGCAAUCUUGGUUUAUCCCAGAGAGAGAACGAAGAAGACAGGUUUUUAUAUUUUUACAAAAAUCUAAGAACACAGCCUUACUCAAGGAAGAAAGAUGAAACUUCAAGUUAUCUGCGUGCUCUUCAUUUUACUUAGUGCUGCUACCAGAAACCUCUGUGCGUUCACCAUUCAGAGAGAUAUCCAGAAAGACUCAGCCAGUUUGGAUACCUACAAAACAGAAACCAUGGGACUGCAGGCAUUGCUAGGAAGACCCAAGCGCCACGUCAGUCACAUUGCUUUAUGCAGAUAUUGCUGGGACUGUUGUGGAAACAAGGGAUUUGGUUACUGCUGUCGGACAUGAAGAGGACGAAGUCCAGGAGGGACAACAACUCUGCUAUGGAGAUGACUCUCUCCCUUGUAAAAAACGACCACCUCCAAAAAAAACCAAAAAAAAACAUCUCCUCACAUUGGUCUCCGGGUCUCCUGACACAUUCUCCUUAUUUAUUAGUUUGACAAUAUUUGGUGUUUUUGUUUUGCUUGAUGUUCUUGUCAGUUCUUGAGAAUUAAACGUAUUUUUAUCUCCUA